UCAAAAUAAUUACAAAAUUUUAAUUGGAAAACCACUUCUUGAUGAUAGGAGCAGUAUUGACAAUCUACAUGAAGAGCACAUGGUUUUGAAAAAAAAAGAAAAUGAAAAUACUAAAGACUCUAAACACUUGCAUGAACCAAAAAUUACAGACAUUACAAGUGUCAGUAACGUGGCAAAAAAUGCUUGCCACACUAAUAGAGUUAAUCCCACGCUUAACCAAAAUAAUUUGAAAAAUAACUUACUAAGCACCAACCGGACACACCAAGAGUACUUCAAUUACCCUACCAAUAAUGAUAACCCUACUACUAUUGACUUAACCAAUAAUAAUAUGCAAAACACCUUCUUCCAACCAACCAAAAAUCCAACACAUGGAAGAUAAUACUAGCUAAGUGGCAGAGGCCAUAUCCAUGCAAGAUUUGGAUAAAAACCUUACGCUACUCCCCUCAAAUCCCAUGCAAAUAGAGCCCAUCAUUACAAUCUCUUCCAAUUUCGUAGACAAUAGCCUCAAUAUAAAACAAGAAAACCACCAAAAUGCCAAGAGUUUCAGUAACACUAAGAAAGAGGUACAUGUUCAUCCAACUUUGCCAUUUCUCUCGACAACAAACUAUGAACAAUCUUCCACCCCUACCUCCUCACUUCCCCUCCAAUCCAGUGAUAUAUGCCCAGCCACCAAAUCCACCGAAUCACCAACCACAAUCGUGGGUGAAAUUAGGUCUCUUAGGCCAUGCAAUCUCCUUCAAUCUGUAGAUCAAUGGACAUGAAUCCAUACUGAUAAUCCAAAAUACUCACUAUCUUGCACAACUAAUCUCGGAGGGAAUGAACCUAACAAUGAACAACUAUAUAAACCAAAUGUGGAUGAACAACAUCCUACAACCACUUGCACCCUCUUUGAACCAAAACCUAGUUCACACCAUGCAAUACAUGUGGAAUAUACCAAGCAGCUCCAGUCAACAGAUUCCACAAAAUCCACCUCUAAACCUCCCUUUCUUUGCACCGGAGAACUAACAUUAGUGAAUCCAAUCUUCACCCAAUGGACUGCACAACACAGGGAAAACCAAACGAUGGCUCCACAAGUAGAUCCAAUGGAAGAUCAAGCUCAACCACCAAACAUGCAAAAUCAGGAAGGAAUUCAGGAGGAGGAAGAGGACAUCAUGCAACACUUGGGUGAACCAUCAGUAGCAUUUUUAAGCCUAAGCGAGGUAAAAAUACUAAUAUUCAAGGAGAUGCUAGACAUGAAAUCUAUCUUCAGCUGCCAAGUGCACUCUACAAGUGCUCACUGGACAUAAGGCCCCCACAGGACCCUACAGUGGGGAAGAAUCCCUCAGGAGGAAUUCCAACAACAACCUAAUUAAUAACCCAAUGAUGAACCAACCAAACAAUUUUAUAAUAUGGAACGUUAGAGGAGCUAAUAACGACAACUUUAGGAGUAACUUUAGAGAGCUAAUGGACACCCAUAGGCCAUGCCUAGUUGCUUUGUUGGAAACCAAAAUGGCAAGUCACACACCCAUUCCGGAGGAUUUCAACUUCACUGAGAUGAUUGGAGUCCCUGCUGUUGGCCAAGCUGGUGGUUUAAUUAUCUUGUGGAACCAUGACAUGGUGACCGUCAACAACUUCACUAGAAAGGGGCAGAAAAUCCAUGCAACGAUUGAGGUGGUUAAUAGAGAAGGCAAUGCAAAUGGGGGAGAUCGUGGUGAAGCAUAACUUUCGUGAAGGAAAUAGUGUGGCA